AAUCAAAACCAUCCGCGCAACCCGCACCACCUCGCCACGCAAAUCCCCCGCACGAAGCAAGCCAACCGCACUGCCACAGCGCCAAGCUUCCACGCGCGCGCUGAGGCGGUGACUGCCGAGAGACUGCGAGGAGGAGGCGGGUGGCGAUGGGGUGUGGGCCAUCCAAGGAGGACGCGGACGGCGGCGCGGUGUCGCGGUGCCGGGAGCGGAAGCACCUGCUGCGGGCCGCCGUGGCGGCGCGGCACGCGCUGGCGGGCGCGCACGCGGGCCACGCCGUCGCGCUCAGGAACGUCGGCGCCGCGCUCUCUGACUACGCAGAGGGCGAGUCGGCGCACCACGACGGGGUGGUGAUAGCGCGCUCAGCCUCCGUCCCUGGGUCGGCGGCGACCGCCGCCAAGGCGCUCCCGUCGCCGCUCGACGCGGUGCUCCCGCCGCCGCCGCCGCUGCCGCCGGGCCCCGUCGACGGCGACCCCGCGCCUCUCGUCAGGUCUAUGAGCGCGCCCGACCUGCCGCUCCAGCCGCCCAUCAGGAAGGGGCACUCCGGCGAGGCGCCCAUCAUCGAGGAGGAGGGCGAGGGCGACGUUGACGACGCGCGGCGACGGGAGGAGGACGCGCAGCUCCAGCCCCCGCCGCCGCCGCCGACAAACCUUGCCCCGCCCACGCACUCCCCGCCGCCCGUGCCGCCGCCAGAGGCCGAGCGGAAGCCGGCGGCGGAGGGGAAUUCUUGGGACGAAUACAUCUUCGGGUCCCCCGAUGCCGUACCCGUGCCGCCACCCACGCUGGACCCCAGCACCGCCGAGUCGUCUUGGGCGGCCGAGCGGAGGGAGCCCGCCCCUCCUCCUCCUCCGCCGCCUGAGCUUGACCAACAGCCGCCGCCGACGCCUCUCGAGGAGGCGGCCGAGGGCAAGAAGCAGGCGGUGGAGGGAAAGAAGACCGCGGUGAAGGCGGCGAGGAAGGCGGAGGGCAAGAAGGGCAGGGCGGUGGUCAUGGUGCCGGCGAGGCUGGGCGACGUCCUGCGCAGGCUCGAUGACUACUUCCUGAAGUCGUCCGAGAGCGCGCACGAGGUGUCCAAGAUGCUCGAGGCGGCGCGGAUGCACUACCACUCCAACUUCGCCGAGACGCGAGGAUUUUUGGAUCAUUCUGCCAGAGUGAUGCAAGUCAUCACUUGGAAUCGCUCAUUUAAAGGGAUUCCCCAACCGGAGAAUGUGAAGAAUGAGUUGGAUGAUGAUGAAUGGGAAACGCAUGCUACCAUACUUGAUAAGCUGCUUGCAUGGGAGAAAAAACUAUGCCAUGAAGUUAAGGAGUUUGAGGUUAUCAAAAUGACUUAUCAACGAAAGCUAGCUGUUCUAAACAAAAAGAAGCAGCGUGGUGCUAGUUCUUCAUCAGUUGAGAAGACCAAGUCCGUUGUUAGUCACUUGCACACAAAAUAUAUAGUUGAUUUACAAACGAUGGAGUUAACAGUUGCAGAAAUUAACCGCCUAAGAGAUCAGCAGCUUUACCCAAAACUCCUUGAACUAGUGAUGGGAAUGGCACACAUGUGGGAUCUAAUGUACGCGCACCACAAAGCACAGCUCAGGAUCAUCUCAGAGUUCAAAUCCUUAGAUAUCUCGGUUGCUGCACGGGAAACAAGUGAGCAACACCAUGAGCGGACUGUGCAGCUGUGGAACAUUGUUCAGGAGUGGCACUCGCAGUUUGACAAGUUCAUGACAUAUCAGAAGGAGUACGUAGGAAGCCUCUACAUCUGGAUAAAGCUAAAUGUAAUUCCCAUUGAUACCAACCUGAAGCCAAACUCAUCACAGCCACAUGAGACCACACCCCCAAUCAAGAGGCUGCUACAUGCUUGGCAUGAUAUCCUUGGUAAGCUCCCAGAUGAGGCCACAAAGAAGGCCAUAAACACGUUCGCGGAAGUGAUAAAUACUAUCCUAGUUCAUCAGGAAGAUGAACUGAAGUUGAGGAUAAAAAUUGAGGAGACUAGGAGGGCACAUGAGAGGAAGAGAAAGCAAUUUGAUGACUGGGCGCAGAAAAAUUGGGACAGAGGAGCAGGUAUCAUUCCUGAGGGCAACAAUCCCGAUGGAGCGCGUGCUGACCCAGUGGUGGAACGGAAAGCCGCCGUGGAUAGGUUGGAGCAUGCACUGAAAGACCUGGAAGAGAAGUAUAUGACACAAUGCAGGGUAGUCAGGGAUAAGUCCCUCAAUCUCCUCCGGACAAACCUGCCGGAGCUGUUCCGCCAUGUGUCAGACUUUUCGCUCCAGUCAGCGGGGAUGUUCAAGGGCGUGUGGUCGAUUGUGCACACAAAUGACCAGUUGGAUGAAUAAGUUUUGUAUGCGCGUUAUAUUUUGUUGUGGUUGCAUUUGUAUGUAUGUUGAAUGUUGAUAGCUUGAUCUGUUGUUGUCAGUUUUGAGUUGCAGUAGUGCAAAGGUGAAAAUAUGGCUGGCUCUGGUUCUUUUUGAGCUAUGGCUGUUGUAAUGCAUAAUAUAGGUAUAGAAGCCUUGUAUAAUGUCUGGAAGAGAGAAUUACGAUUUUUCUUUAAAUAUCAAUAGUUUUUAAUAGGUUUACAUCC